AUGACAACAACACAAGACAUUGUUCAAAAUAGAUCAAUUAGAAGAGCACAACAAAAGUUGGUUCAACUAUUUGAUUCAAUCUCACCAAAAAAUGACUUAGGUAAAAAGGUUUUACUUUUAGGUGCAAUUGGAGGUGGAGUUUAUUCUCUAUUUAAAUUUUAUUCAACUCAAAAUGAAAAUAAAAAACAAUCAGGAUUAAUAGUUGAUAAUAAAGUUCAAUCAAAUGAUAAAUCAAAGAAAAGAGUAACAGUAGAUGCAGUAUUCUUUCGUCGUUUGGGCAAGAUUAUAAAGAUUAUUAUUCCAUCGAUUCGAUCAAAGGAAUUCCUUAGUUUAAUGUUUUUAACUUCAUUAUUGUUGGCUCGUACCAUGCUAUCCGUAUCGAUUGCCGAAAUUGCUGGUAGAAAUGCACAAAACCUCGUCGCCAGAAAAUGGAAGGAAAUGCGUAAUGGUGUCCUCAAAUUUGCCGUCAUUUCCAUCCCUGCCUCAUUUGUAAACUCUGCUCUAAAAAAACGUCUCUCUGAAUAUGUUCACAAGGAAUAUCUUGAAGGUGUAAACUUUUAUAAAGCUUCUCAUCUUGGUGGUUCAAACAAAAUUGAUAAUGCUGAUCAAAGAGUAACAAGUGAUAUUGAACAAUUUUGUAAUUCAAUGAGUAAUCUUUAUACAACAGUAUUUAAACCAGUAUUGGAUUUAAUAUUGUUUACUCAAAAAUUGGUUGGUGUUAUGGGUUGGGGUUCUCCAAUGUUAAUGUUUGGUUAUUUCAUUAUUUCUGGUUUCUUAAAGAGAAUUAUUAUGCCUCCUUUUGGUCGUUUGACAGCAAAACAAUCAGAAUUGGAAGGAAAUUAUCGUACAGUUCAUCAAAGAUUAAUUACCAAUGCAGAGGAAAUUGCUUUCUAUGAUGGUAGUAAAAAAGAAAGAGAAAUUAUUAAUUUAUCUUUUGGUGAUAUUUUCAAACAUACAAGUUAUGUUAGUUAUUUGAAAUGUUUAGUUGGAAUAUUUGAUGGAUUUUUAGUAAAAUAUUGUGCAUCAAUUGUUGGAUAUGGAUGUAUGGCAUUACCAAUUUAUUUAGGAAUAAAGGGAACAAGUGGAAAGGAUUCAACUGAAUUGACCAAGGAUUAUAUUCGUAAUACUCAAUUGAUGGUUGCAUUGGCACAAGCCAUCGGACAAUUGGUAUUGUUGGGCAACAAGAUCACAAACAUGGCCGGUUACACAUCACGUGUAUCCGAGUUGUUAGAGAUGAUCAAGAGUAUCAAGGAACGUGGUAGCAGCACAUUCACCAUCGUCAACGAGGACGAUAUUUCAUCAAACAAUAGCGCCGUCACAACCCCCACCACCACCGACAUUUACAUGGACAAUGACCAACCUGCCUGGCUCCAAGAAUGGCGUCGUCGUUGUGACCAACUUCGUUCCAUCAAGAGAUCGUCGUCAUCUCAAUCGAUGCCAUCGGUUACUGGCGGCGGCAACUUUAUUGAAGGAGAGUUUAUCAAGUUUGAAAACGUGUCGAUUGUAUCACCGGAAGGUAAGCUCCUCGUCACUGACCUCAACUUUGAGGUAAAGCCACACCAAAACGUUAUGAUCACCGGUCCAAACGGUAGUGGCAAGUCAUCACUCUUCCGUAUCCUCGGAGAGUUGUGGCCAUUGCAUUGUGGUACCGUCAUCAAGCCACGCAAGGAAGAUAUCUUGUUUGUGCCACAAAAGCCAUACCUUGUCCUCGGUACUUUGCGUGAUCAAAUCAUCUACCCACACUCUGCCGAAGAUAUGGCUCGUAACGGUAUCACCGACGAAGAUCUUCAACACCUCCUCCAAACUGUCGAUCCAAACAGCACCAUCAUUCGUCAAUGGGCUUGGGAUGACGUCAAGGACUGGUUCACCGCCCUCUCUGGUGGUCAAAAGCAACGUAUUGCCAUGGCUCGUCUCUUUUAUCAUCGUCCUCAAUACGCCAUCCUCGAUGAAUGUACUUCUGCCGUCUCUGAUGAAGUUGAAGGUAAAAUUUAUGAAACUUGUAAAACUCUUGGUAUUACUCUUUUCACUGUUUCACAUAGACAACAAUUACGUGCCUAUCAUGAUUAUCAAUUAUUAUUUGAUGGUAGAGGUGGUUGGGAAUGGACAAAGAUUGAUCAUUCAGAUAUUAAUAAGCCAUUAUCAUACAAAUAA